UAUUUCUGGGGUGAAGUCGGGGUGGCUGCAGGGUUUUGGUUCCGGUGGUCUUCCGGGUGUGCUAGUCGGGGCGUCUACCGGGUCUAGCUGCGUCAUGCAGAGGCUGCAGGUGGUGCUGGGCCACCUGAGCAGCCAGCCUUCUUCGGGCUGGAAGCGGGGGCUGCACGCCGCGCGGUGUGGGAGCCGCGCUCCGCAGACGUCGGCCGAGGACGUGGUCGUGGUGCACGGGCGGCGCACCGCCAUUGGCCGAGGGCGCCGCGGCGGGUUCAAAGACACCACCCCUGACGAGCUUCUCUCGGCCGUCUUGACCGCGGUUCUCCAGGACGUGAAGCUGAGCCCGUCCCAACUAGGAGAUAUAUGCGUGGGAAAUGUGCUUCAGCCGGGGGCCGGGGCAGUCAUGGCCCGAAUUGCCCAGUUUCUGAGCGACAUCCCAGAGAUGGUGCCUUUGAGCACUGUCAACAGACAGUGUUCCUCGGGGCUCCAGGCAGUGUUCAACAUCGCUGGUGGCAUCAGAAAUGGGUCUUAUGACAUUGGCAUGGCUUGUGGGGUGGAGUCCAUGUCCAUGGCUGACAUGCAGAAUCCUGGAAACAUUACUUCCCGCUUGGUGGAGAAGGAGAAGGCCAGAGACUGCCUGAUUCCUAUGGGGAUAACCUCGGAGAAUGUAGCUGAGCGGUUUGGCAUUUCACGAGAGAAGCAGGAUGCCUUUGCGCUGGCUUCCCAGCAAAAGGCGGCCAGGGCCCAGAGCAAGGGCUGUUUCCAAGAUGAGAUUGUGCCUGUGACCACCACGGUCUAUGACGACAAGGGCACGGAGAGGAGGGUCACCGUGGCCCAGGACGAGGGUAUCCGCCCCAGUACCACCAUGGAGGGCCUGGCCAAACUGAAGCCUGCCUUCAAGGACGGUGGCUCUACCACUGCUGGAAACUCGAGCCAGGUGAGCGAUGGGGCAGCUGCCAUCCUGCUGGCCCGGAGGUCCAAGGCAGAAGAGUUGGGCCUUCCCAUCCUGGGGAUCCUGAGGUCCUACGCAGUGGUUGGGGUUCCACCUGACAUCAUGGGCAUUGGACCUGUGUACGCCAUCCCUGUAGCUUUGCAGAAAGCAGGGCUGACAGUGAAUGACGUGGACAUCUUUGAGAUCAAUGAGGCCUUUGCAAGCCAGGCCGUCUACUGUAUAGAGAAGCUAAAACUGCCCCUCGAGAAGGUGAACCCUCUGGGGGGUGCCGUGGCCUUGGGCCACCCACUGGGCUGCACCGGGGCUCGACAGGUCAUCACACUGCUCAACGAGCUGAAGCGCCGUGAGAAUAGGGCCUACGGGGUGGUGUCCAUGUGCAUAGGCACCGGAAUGGGGGCCGCCGCCGUCUUUGAAUACCCCGGCAAGUGAGCGAGGUGCCACCCAGGCUGUCCCUCGGCGGGGAGAAAGCGACGCUGCAGAAGCGGUGCCACGUGGGGAAGCUCAGCACUGGCGGGUGUGAUGGCAGUGGGCCAGUCGGGGCACUUUGGUUAAUUUGGGAAAUGUGAACACCCAUGACACACUACAGGCAUGGGUGAGGUGCCAGGUCACCCAGGCCACAGGGGCCACUGUGUAAUUCCCGGGGAAGGGGCCUUUUGGAUGAGGAGUGCAAUCGACAUAGUAAAUGUGUGUUAUCUCA